ACGCUCAAUCCACUGAGCCACACUGGCUGGGCUCAGUUUCCUCCUUUUAAAAUAGGGGCAAUAAUAGUACCUAGUUCUUAAGGUUUCUGUGAAGAUUAUCUGAGUUAAUUCAUGCAAAAUACUUAGAAUAGUACCUGGCAGGUAGUAAGUACUCAAUUAAUUUUAGUUGCUGCUGUUGUUUUUCUCUUCUCAUUUAUAUUUCAUUGCUUUAUACAAUACUUUAUUAAAUUAGAUAUUUACAAUAAUUAGGACACUGGCAUAAGUUGGUUUGACCAAACACAACUGAUGUAAAAAAUUUCAAAUGGUUUAGGAGUGUAUAAAGUAAAAUGUAAAAGUUGCCCCACUCCAUGUGAGUAGCCGCUUCAUUUUCCUAAUGGUCCUUAGAGAGUGGAGCUGUGACGACUGAAUGAGAUAAGGCAUGGUAAGCACUACCUGGGGCAUUGGUAGUAAUCUGUUAAAAAACCUCAAUUCAGUUUUGUUUUUUUAUCAUAAUACCAGUUUUGAAUUGAGGAAAAUAAAGGCUCUAGACUGAGUGUGACUAAAAUUAAAUGACUGCUCUAAAGAUAACAAUUUACACCAUACUGUUGAGGGACUCUAAUCCUUAAGCCUGUUCCUCCCAUUAUUCCAAUUUGAUUCUGCUAUUGAUUCCUCUCUGUACCUUCCUCACCAGAACUGCUACAGACGAGAAAAGGAUGAUGUAAUUAUUACUGGGAAAGCACGUGCUUACAGUGACAAGAUGACUUCAACUAGUGGAAGAUGUCAGAUAGUUUUGUAUCCUCAGAUUCAUCCAACCACUGAUCGAAAACAAUAUUUUCCCAGCUGAAGAAGGCUGACUCUAUUAUUUUAUGCCAUUUUAUGUAAAGGAUUUGAGCAUCCAUGGAUUUUGGUAUCCACAGAGGUUGCUGGAAUCAAUGCCCUGCAGAUACCGAGGAACAACUGUAAAAUUUUGGAGGAGUCAAAAGUUAUACGUGGAUUUUAACUGAGCAGAGAAUCUUGUGCUGACUCUCAACUUCUCCUGGAAAAAUGAGCCAUUCCCACCAUAUGGGGAUGAACCCUGUGGACCACAACAGUACCAUGCCGCCGCCUCACCAUCACGCGGCCACUUCGGCCUCCCACCUGCACGGGGGGGCGGACAGCAGCAUGAUGAUGAUGCAAAUGACCUUCUACUUUGGCUUUAAGAAUGUGGAAUUAUUGUUUUCUGGCUUGGUGAUCAAUACAGCUGGAGAAAUGGCUGGAGCUUUUGUGGGAGUGUUUUUACUAGCAAUGUUCUAUGAAGGGCUCAAGAUAGCCCGAGAGAGCCUGCUGCGCAAGUCACAAGUCAGCAUUCGCUACAAUUCCAUGCCCGUCCCAGGACCAAAUGGAACCAUCCUUAUGGAGACACACAAAACUGUUGGGCAACAGAUGCUGAGCUUUCCUCACCUCCUGCAGACAGUGCUGCAUAUCAUCCAGGUGGUCAUCAGCUACUUCCUCAUGCUCAUCUUCAUGACCUACAAUGGGUACCUGUGCAUCGCUGUGGCAGCGGGGGCCGGCACAGGGUACUUCCUCUUCAGCUGGAAGAAGGCAGUGGUAGUGGACAUCACAGAGCAUUGCCAUUAAUGUCAGGCUUCAUGGUGUGUGGCCUUAUUGAUUGCAGUGGGAAGCAGUUCAGGACUGGAAGACAUAAUGCCUACUUGUAUCUUCCCUUCUUGCUCCUUAGCUCCUUACACACACACCUGCUCAACAGAGGUUUAGCUUGCAGUCUGAGCUAACGUGGUAACCCCCGACUGUUCUUUUUCCUGCGCUGAGAUUCCCGUUUCUCUUGAGGUGAAGCCACCCAUGAGAUGUCUUCUCCUCUACCAUUUUUUUAGAUCCAAGUUAUAUGUUCUUGUCUAAUCUGGGCAGCUUGCUCUUCAAUGGCUUGAUUUCUUGCUUUCUUUUUUAGUCUUCUGUUUUUAUGUUUAACAGACCAUCUGUGAAUUUGGUGGGUUUUUCCUGGGUCAGUGGUGGGAAGGGAUUAACUUCAGCUAGGAUUCAUGGCAGCUGAGGGAAAUUCUUGCCCAACUAAACCCAAAACCCAAACUUAACAUUAAAAAAUAAAUUCCAGUCUUUGAACUCAAUGAGUAGGAAGUACAUUGUGCCUUUCCCUAGGUGUGAUGUGUUGCACUGAAAUUUUUGUAGUGGGGGGAGAGUGGUUUGAGACUAAAUAUAGGUCUAGAGCUCGAAGAAGUAUGCAUUCUUGGGUGGCUGAUUCAUCUAUUGGGUUCCCACUUAACAUUUUGAUUAGAAUGAACUUGUCAAUCAAAAAAAGAUGACAAUCAGUUUGAGGAAAUAGAUAUUUUAAAAUAAAACCAAUUGACAUUUUACUUUGACUUGGUACCUUGGUUUGUCACAACUGAAUGAGGCAAAAAAGUUUGAAUCCUUAUCUCCCAUUACUGUUUUUAUGUGUCUGCCUCUAAACCAGUGGUUUUCAAACUUUAGCAUGCACUACAUCACCUCAAGGGCUUGUUAAAAACACUAGUUGCUGGGCCUCAGCCCAGAGCCAAAACUUGGCAUUUCUAGAAGUUCCCAGGUGAUGCUCCUGCUGAUGGUCAGGGGGCCAAACUUUGAGAAUCUCUGCUUUAAGCCUGGUGGGGUGAGCAUGGAAAUUUGAAUUACUCACUGGUAGGUGGUAUGUCAGGGCUUCAGUCAUGUGCUAAGUGCUGCUGGUCAAUACUUAAUCAUUCCACAAACACUUACGCAGCUCUGACUGUGUAUGUGUGCCCAAGCACGCAUGCACGAGGGCUGCAGCCAAAGUAACUUUCAUCAGCAUGUAUGAAAUCACCAGUCCUUAUUUUUAAAGAUCUUGGAAAUAGCUUGAAGAUUGAGAAAGAACCUUUGAUCUGCAGUGUCAAUUAGCCAAUCACAGGCCAGAAGGACAAAAGUAUAGCCCUAUCUUUGGAGAGGCUUAGGGUGUGUUUUGCUGAUGGCCAGAUAUUCCUUAGGCUCCCCCCAUCCAUGCCCAUACCAGGCAGAUCAUCCUCUACGUGGCCAUCUUUGUUACUCUCGGGUGCUUAAUUAGAUCACAAGAGGCCAAAACCUCUUUUCUCAAUGAAGAAUCACAUUGGAUUUUUAUCUAUUCAGUUGUUAGUCUAUGCUGCAGCUUUGUUCCCAGUCCAAACUACCUCUAUAAAGUGACUCUUCUAUGCUGGUCUGUUAAAUCCUGCCCUCCUUGGUGCUAGGCUCCAGUUGUGCCUCAGGGCAGAAGAGACAGAGCACAGCUAUCCUGUUGGCCUCUGUUGUGGUUUUGAAGUUUGAACAUUCUCUGUGGGUACAGUUAACUAUUGGAGUGAGGAAGGUGUACUUCCGUGGCUUUGAACCAAGAGAGGGUUGUGAGCCUACUGAAUCGAUGAAUGGAGCCUUAGGUACUUAAAACCUAAGAACCUAAGUUUUGUGCUUUUCUCUCAUUCCAACCCCUUAUAGUGCUGAUACAUAGCAGGAGCAGAGUGAACGACAGGUACUGACAGAGUCCAACAUUAAAGUGUAAAUAGCCUGUUAUUGUCUCAGAAGCCAAGGAAUAAUAAAGUAAAAAGAAUGUUUAGUAGUGACCCUGGUGCUCUCUAGAAAUCUUGGAAUGAGCUGCUGUAAUACCCUUUUAGGAACAGGACCUUAUCAUUAAGGUAAGAAAAUCAAGGCCAGUUAAGACAAAGUGCGAUGAAUUUGAAACUCCCAGAGAGAAACAUCAAUUUGGGAUAGGUCUUCAGGUGGUCAAGACAGUCUCCUGAAAAACCUGAAUUCCAGCAAUUCUUAGACUAGGUUGCCAAAGCAAGCUAGUGAAAGAGAAAAAAUAAAAGCUUAAAUCCCUUCUUUCUUGAGCUCUUGGGUUGUGAUAAUGUAAUGGUCUCGCUGACUCUCAUUUCUGUGUCCCUGUUCAUUUGGAAUAUAGUUCCUGACUUCUUUGUUCCUUUUGGAUCCAAAUUUCUUUUCCUCCCUCCCUGUGCAAACCUAUUAGAAGCAUGUAUCCCCAUUUCUUCGGCACCCUUUUUGCUCUCCAUUUCCCUCUUCUCUCUCUCAUAGCUAGAAGAUAACGUCUUUUAUCCCAUAUGUCUAGUUUAUUAAAUCUCCCUGGCCCUCCUGAUGCAGUGGACAUUACUAUGCAGUGGAUGUAGAUACCAGCCAGAAGUUGUAAAACUUGGUAGAGACCUUAAGCACGUUUCAAGGAGCAAGUGUCCCACUGGAAUUUCUGUAAGGUUGGGUAGAGGGCUACCUGGUACCAUCUGCAAUUAUAGAAUCUUAAUUGCUCUCUCCAGUCUAUGCUGGAGCAACACUCAGCUCCUCAGUGCCCACAAACAGGGAAUCCCGUGUCCACCAGGGAAUUAGAGAUUAAGGUUUGUCACUACUCCUAUGGUAGGGUUGUCUGGAAUUCCCUUUCAGGCUGUGGGGCACUAGUCUUGAAUUCUAGCCACAAAGGGUUAGGAGCUGGAAGGGGAGGGGGCAGGGGGUACACUUUCAUGUCAUUUAAUUUUGAUCCUGCCCUCUCCAGCUGCUUCUUUCAGAAGAUUCAUCUAAAAAUACAAAGUCUGCAUUUGAUAUAAUGCCUUAAUCACUGGGUCCACAGUUAAUGUUGACUGUUUUAGAUUGUAAGCUCCUGGAGAGCAGUAUUGCUACAGUAGGAAUGUUUUAACAGUGUCAUGUACAAAAGAACAAAAUAAAUAUUUUGAUUUUGUGAUUC